GAGGCACGCACGACUGGAGCGGCGGUUCGGCCAGCGGCUGGGAUGUCGGUGUUGCGGCCGCAGGACCAGCUGCCUGGCCUGAACGCGGCCACCAUCUUGCUGGUGGGCAAGGAGGAUGCUCUUCUGCAGCAGCUGGCCGACUCGAUGCUCAAGGAGGACUGCGCCUCCUCGCUGAAGGUCCACUUGGCCCAUUCCCUCCCUUUGCCCUCCAAUGUGAACCGCCCCCGGAUUGACCUGAUUGUGUUUGUGAUCAACCUUCACAGCAAAUACAGCCUGCAGAACGUGGAGGAGUCCCUGCGCCAUGUGGACGCCACCUUCUUCCUGGGGAAGGUGGGCUUCCUGGUCACAGGUGCCGGGCGGGACAGCCACUGCAGCGUCCACCGGAGCACCGUGCUGAAGCUGGCCCGAGCCUACCGGAGCCCCCUGCUCUUCUGUGACCUGGAGGUGGAAAGCUUUCGAGUCACCAUGGCGCAGCGCCUGGUCCGCAUGCUGCAGAUCUGCGCGGGCCACGUGCCCGGCGUCUCGGCCCUGAACCUGCUGUCCCUGAUGAGGAGCUCAGAGAACCCCUGCCUGGAGGACCUGUGAGGGCCGGGGGCAGCGGUCACUUCCCCACAGGACCCGAACUCUGCUCCCGCAGGAGGGCCGGGGAGCCCCACGGGUGGAGCAGGCCACCCCCACUCCCACGCUCUCUCCAGCGGAGCCUGUCUCUAUCCAUCGGACACGGUCCAUUUCCACUCAAGGCUUCAUUUGAACAAAGAGCCUGUGACUAAAAACAGUUAGAAAUGCAUUGGUCUCAUCCACCGCUUUGAUUUUGCAGAUGAACUGACUGAGAACAAUUACGCGUAGGGUCGGGGAGGGGACCCCGGCCUCCAGGAGCCCAGGCUGACGCCACACCCGGGCCCUGCCAUUCUUGGAGAACCUGCUUGUUGCCCCUUGGAGCCUCAGUUUCCCCGGGUGAAACGAGCUUGUUCUCCCUUGUCGCGCUGUGGGGACUGAAUGAAAUGACAGCGGCCACGGGCCCGAGCUGGUGUGCCCUGUGCUUGCUCGUGUGCGGAU